CCAUUUGGUUGAUGGAGAAUGAUUCCCCCGUAGAGUUGUUAUUUAACUAGACUAACUUAGUCGCCGCAUGACUAUGUUUGAUUUUCGUUAAUUGAUUUGAGAAUCUGAUCAUAUGCGACAGCAAAAACUUGCCAAAAGGGAUGGCGCUAAAAUAGAUUGUAACCGUGAUGUGGAACGCUUGUGGGAAUUCUAUCAACUGUAUAAGAGGCAGAGUGGAUGAUAUGCAAAGAGAGGAGCAGAAAUUACGGGAAUCUGGACCUUCUCGUGCUAAUUUGGGAGACAGCGGAGAUGGCCUGCGUUGUAUCCUCGUGGUGGAAGUGGUGGAAAUGGUCACUAGUGUUAAGUUAGGGUUCAAGCUUAGGGUAGUUGAGGAAGAGGAAGAGAUGGGUAGAAAUGUAACGAGUGGAUCUUUCCCAGUCUCAAAAUUGGUUGGUGCAGUUAACAUUGUGUUAAAUGGGAUAAACAUUGUGAUUGUGCUUACAAGUCCUCAAACGACCGGGAUUUCCGUGCUGAUAAUGGAGGGCAGGUUGGAACUCGGAUCUUCAGAAAUGAAAAAGGUUUUUUCUACAUGGAGGGCCUUGGUUGAGGUGAUGGAAGCACUGAGCAAAGAUGCAGCUCCUGAUGGUGUAGGAAGACUUAUUGUGGAGGAGAUCAGAAAGAUAAAAAAAUCAGAUGCCCCAUUAGCAGGGGAGCUCACACCCUACAACAUCGUCCCUCUGGAAGCACCAUCAUUAACAAAUGCUAUUGGAUUUUUUCCAGAACAUUGUCAAACCCGGAUUUAUUUACAGUGCAUUUAUUCAUUGCUUCUGCUCUUGUAUACGUGAUUCACAUGUUCUGUACUAAUUUUAGCCUCUAUCUAGUUUUUUGUUCAGUCUUUGGUUGUUUCAUCGGAGAGUUGUGGACAAAAACAUAUCAUAUUAUUUGUAGAUUUCUUGUACCUGAUAAACAUUGGAUUGUCUGUUGCUAUAUUACAGACCUCUACUUGUCAGCUCUGCUAUUUAAACAUAUGCUUUCGUAAUUAAUGAAUUCAUGUCUCAGUAAACUUCUUUUUCUGUGAUCU